AUCCUCACUCUCAUCUUCCCUUUGACCACGACCACGAUGGCGGACUCGAAUAUGGACGUGGACCCUCCGACGACGGCGGUGAGCAAGAAGGAGGGGAAGCAGCGGUUCGAGGUCAAGAAGUGGAAUGCCGUCGCUCUGUGGGCUUGGGACAUCGUCGUAGACAACUGCGCCAUCUGCAGGAACCACAUCAUGGAUCUCUGCAUCGAUUGCCAGGCGAACCAGAUCUCCGCCACGAGCGAGGACUGCAACGCCGCGUGGGGCAUCUGCAACCACGCCUUCCACUUCCACUGCAUCUCGCGGUGGCUCAAGACGAGGAAUGUGUGCCCGCUCGAUAAUAGAGAGUGGGAGCUGCAGAAGUACGGCCGAUAAAGGCGUCGUCAGACUUCGAACUCCAGCACUUUGUCCCAGCAUCCAUGUCCUGUUGUCUCUGUAUACUAGUAUCGCCUCCUGUAUCGACGAAAAGCUGCCGAAUAUCACGAAAUUCAUAGACAAACCAUAGGUGUCUUGAAACGGC